CUUAUCAAAUGAUGCACAUACUCCGACGGGUCACAGCUCCAUUCACGUUAAGUGGCCGCGCAAGCUGCUCGUCCGCGAGGAUGUCUGCAGCCACGGACGCGACAGUGUCGCCGAAAACGAAACAGACAGGAGACUACGUGGCCCGAGAGGUUGUAGGAGAUAAAAUCGAUCUCAGUGUUGGCCAGCCAAGCCCCGCAUCGCUGCCACUGGGCGCGCUGUCGCAAGCUGCCGCCCACCGACUCAGCUCCCCCGAUGCGGAGCUCCUGCUGCAGUGAGGCCUUGGGCCCGGACGCGAGGACAAAGGCUGGUGCUGGGGGCUCAUAAAGAAUGAGCGGAGCCAGCCGCGAUGCGCGGGUAUGGGCCGCGCCAGGGCUACCGCUCCUUCCGGCAGAGCCUGGCAGCCUUCCUGACGCAGCGGUACGGCACGGCGGUGGACGCAGAGCACCUGAUGGUGACGGCGGGCGUGUCGCACGGUCUGGGCCUGGCGGUGGGCGCCCUGUCACGGCCGGGCGACGUGGUGGUGGUGGAGUGCCCCACCUACUUCCUAGUGACGCCCAUCUUCCGCGACCACCACCUGCGGGUGCACCCCAUGGCCACCGACGAGCAGGGCCUGGUGGUGGAGGAGCUGGAGGCGUGGCUGCGGGCCGAUCCCUCGCACCGGCCGCGCUUCGUGUACACCAUCCCGAUCCACAACAACCCGCGCGGCACCACGCUGCCCGCGGCCCGGCGGCGGCGGCUGCUGGCGCUGGCGGCGCAGUACGACUUCCUGGUGCUGGCGGAUGAGGUGUACCAGCUGCUCAGCUUUCCCGAGGAGGCGUGUCAGCUGCUGGCACCAACGCCAGGGCAUCAGCAGCAGCCGCAGCAGGAGGGCACCACUCGUGGCGCUCGUGGUAGCGGGUCAGUGACUGGGGCCUCAUGCCAAGCCGGGCCAGCCGCCCAGGCAGCAUCAGAGCCAGGGCCAGCGGACUCACGCGGCGCGGCCGCCUCGCCGGCGGUAGGGCUAAAGCCGGAAGGGCGAGGCGGGACAGGCUUGCUCCCACCAGUGGGCUCGCCGGCAGGGCCAGCAGGACAAUCGGCGGGGCCUCCGUCAGCAGAGCCUCUGCCGCUGCCGCUACGAUGCUAUGAGGAGCUGGGCGAUGCGGUGGAGCGCGCAGCUACUGGGGGCGGGAACGGAGGCGCCAGUAGCAGUGGCGCUAGCGGCAGCGGCAUUCAGGCUGGCGGGAGCCGCGUCCUGUCGUUCGGCAGCUUCAGUAAGAUGCUGGCGCCGGCUCUUCGGCUAGGAUGGAUUGAGAGCACCAAUGCAGCGUUGCUGGGGCGGCUCAAAGAGGACGGCGUCAUCAGCAGCGGCGGCUGCAUCGCGCAGUUGUCAGCAGGACUGGCGCACAGCGCUCUGGAGCUAGGGCUGCAGGACGCCCAUCUGGACGGCGUGGUGGCUCCGGGCCUGGCGCGGCGCUGCGCCGCCCUGUGCACCGCGCUGCGGACACACCUGCCCGAGUGCCGGCUUCUGCGGCCGCGGGGCGGCUACUUCGUGUGGCUGGAGUUCCCGCCGCAGGUGUCGGCCAAGGCGCUACUGGCGCGGGCGGAGGCACGGCACGGCGUGCGCUUCACGCCGGGGCCGGCGUGCGGCGGCGGCAGCGAGCAUUGUGCCCGCCUGUCGUUCGCGUUCUACACCGAGCAGGAGCUGGAGGAGGGCGCACGGCGACUAGGACAGGCGCUUCGAGAGCACUUGACACAGGAACACGGGCAACAGCAGUAGGGCGCGUCAAAGCGCUGCAAGCG